AUGACAUCCAAACCAGCACUCAGCACCCUAACACGACUCUCCUCUCAAAUCCACAUCAGCCCAAACCCACCACCCAAAACUCUAGCCGAAAGUAGGCAAAUCUUCGCCGCGCUACAAGGAUUCGGCGAGAUAAUCAGCUUCCGCAACUUGAAGUAUGACAUUCGCAAUGACACGGAUAGAGAACGUCCUCUCAUCGCCAUGUUCGACUCCAGCGAAGCCGCCGAGCGCGCCAUCGCCGCGUCCCCGUUAACAAUCACCCUCCCUACGCCGACACCACCAGCAUUCACACCGAAUCCCUUCGCUUCUUCCUCUUCAUCCUCAACACUCUCUCCCUCUCCGUCUACAUCCACAUCAACCCCCACGCCACCAACAAUAACAUGCACCCUCAACCCCUCCCGGCACAACUACGAACGCUCCACCCGCCGCAACCCCUUCUACAGCAUGUUCACCAUCGACAAGGAAAGCGCUAUAUACGCUGACAUGCGUAGCGAGGAAACAGAUACCCCGCUGGCGGAGUUGGCGGAUGUCUUGAUGCGCACGAAGAGUGUUACGUUUGCGUCGCAGCGGUAUGGGGCGAGGGUUAAUGCGCAGCGGAUCGGGGCGGAUAGUUUGAUGAGGAUAUGGGAGAGGGGGAGAAGAAGAGGGAGAGGGAGAGGAAGAAAAUUGAGGGAUAAGGGGAAAGGGAGCAGGAGAAGAGGGGUGGGAGGGGGAAGAAGGGACGAGGACGAGCAGGAGUGGUGGGUAGGGAGGGAUAGGGUGUUUUUGAUGGAGGUAGGAGUCGCGGGCGACUCGUGGAGAUCUUGGGGGAGAGGACUAUGA